AUUUAAGGAAUUGGACUCUUUUAUCUUCUUAAAGAGUAUAUUCCUGAAAGGAAUUUUCAAGUUGUGAUUUCAAUUCAAUGAAGUCAAAAAAGAAAGGAAAAGAGAAAAGCAGAAGCACCAAACCAGUGCUUGAGGCAGCCAGUAUAGAAACAAAAGACACUGAAACAUUACCUGAAAAUGACAGUAAAACUCAUAAACCAAGAAAGAGAAAGACAGGAGAUCCUGGACCAAUUGCAAAUGAAGCCUUGCAAUUUAAUGAUGAGAAUGAAAGUAAAAAUGUGUUGGAUGUAGUGUCAUCUGGCAAACAAAAAUCGGACCAGUUAUCAAAAAAGAAACAAAAGAAGACAAGAAAAGAUGAAACAGAAUCAGAGACUAAAGAAAUUGCAGAGAGUAUGUCAUCUGAAAUAGCAAAAGAAGAUAAAAAGGGUCAAACAACGAAGGACAAAAAAUCAAAGAAAUCAAAAUUCACACAAAAAGAAACUAGUCUCGAAAGUACGAUUGAAAUGAAGGAAAACAUGGGAUCAGAGGAAGAUGACAGUGGUAAAGAAAUCAAACAAAAGAAAAACAAUGCAAUAAAAUCCAAGAGGGGAUCAGAAAUUGUCACAGGAGAAAGGAUGGAAGGAGAUGAAUUAGACAAAAACCUGACAAGGACAAAAAGCAAAAAGAAAAGGAAAAGAAAGUCAGUGAAUGAAGCAGAAAAUGAACUUGUUGAGAGUGAUAGUGGGGGAAAUAUAGAACCUAAUCAAAGUGAAGAACCUAAAUCAAAGAAGAAAAAGAAGAGAAAGCUUCAAAAUAUGGAGGAAGAGGCAGUGGAUGAGGAAAACCAGACAGUGUCAAGUGAAGGAGGAGAGAGCAGUGAAAAGGAAAAGAAACAACCCACAGAGAGUAAAAAGAGCAAGAAGAAAAAGAAGAAACAGAAGAAUAAAGAAACUGACCAGACAGAUGAGGCCACAUCAGACACGGAGCAAAAGGCUGAAAAACUGGCAUCUGAAUACCUGCAUCAGUGGGCAAACAACAGGGAAAGCUGGAAAUUCCAAAAAGUCAGACAAGUGUGGCUGUUGAAACAUAUGUACAGUGAAAAUAAGGUAAUCAAUGAGGACUUUGCAGUGCUGUUGUCAUACCUGGAUGGAAUGAAAGGAAGGUCAAGGGAGGUCACUGUGGAACAAGCAGAAAAAAUCAUAGAGGAGGAUGGAGACAAAGAUGAGUUAGACCAAGUGAAGAAUGAAAGAGCAAGACAGAUUGUCCAGUUAUUGACUUGAAAUUUUCAUUUAGUGCUAGAAAGACAGAAAAAGAUAUUUGCUUCUUAUGAAUUAAAUAUAUAAUUGAAGAGGAUUCAAUUCUGUAUUCAGGAUAUAGAGAGUGCUAGGUUACAUGAACCACACCUAUUUAAAACAUUUCUGGAAUACAGUAAUCCAAAAUUGUUUUUCAACUUUGUAGGUAAAAAAAAAUAUGCUCUUUUU